AUGAUUGCAAUCGGCUGGGGAAAUCACUUGAAGACGAGCCCCCUGGUGGUUGCAGUCUUCAAGCAAGAUAACUCACAAUCAACGCCCUUCCCUGUUCCCUCCAAGAGCGACAGUCUAGCCUCCGAUGUGAACAGCGAAAAGUUUGAGAUGAAAAAGCAGUUUGACAUGGUGUUGCGAGAGCUGAAUUUGUAUUUUGAAAUCAGUUUGGGUGAUUUGGCGAGUGAGAGCAGAGCACCUUCACCUGAGCAGCUGAGAGAUAUAACUGAAGCCCUGAAGGACGACACUUCAAUCUGCAAAGAAGAACAUCUCAGCAGCCCAGAAGGAGGACGGUAUAGAGACACAUCAUCAGAGGAUGUGGAUGAAGCCGGCAGCCUGGAGAUGUGUGGAGGUGGUGCAGUGGUUUCUUGUCCCUCUGGCCCCGGAGACGGGGAGCAGGAGGUGCCCCUCGGCAGCCACCUGUGCCAGGAAACAUUCAAGCGCCCUGCAGAGGAACAGAAAGAGACCCGGGAGAUGGAGCAGGAGAAGAUAAUGUGGUCUCCGUCUUUCGUGUGUCAGCCGCUCCUGGAACAACUGAGCCACAGACAACCCGAGCAAUACAAGAGACUGGAGCCGAUGAGAACAUGCACCAGGCCCAUCCGGAUCGGACUUUCAAAGAGAGCCAAGACCAAACACCUACAUCUCCCCCACCCCUACAAGUGAGCGUUCACAAAGCAAUCAAGAUCAAUAGCAAUCACCGGGCCACAGUAGCAGAAUCAGAUGAUCGACCCGGAGACUAAAAAUACUCUGGAAUAUCUAUCGCCUAGCAUGCUGCUGAGUCCAACGCUGCACUGUGAUGCCAUGAAAGUGACCAGAACUAAACCCUGUUGAUUCUACAAACGUCCUUUCAUGGAUACU